AUGAGCAAAAAAGCUGUUCCUGAUGCUUGGGAUGACGACUGGGAGAAUUCGGCAGAUCAUGAGCCGGUUUCGUCCCAACCUGCAGUAGAGAACAGUCCACAGAUUCUGUCGAAAUCCCAGCGAUUGGCGCGGCAUCAUGAAGAGAACAGGAGACUAUGGAACUCUGCUGAAUCCAGCCAAACAUUUCACUUCCUUGAAGCUCGCAGCGAUGUGCCGCUGAAGACCGAAUUCAAGCCUGCCAUGACUGUAUUGAGCCGCAAGCCAGCGCCGAAAAUUGUACAAGCUUCUGACCCUGUGGCUGGAAUAGCCCGGCUCAAAGUGGAAGAUGAAAACUGGGACGAGGAAGAAGAUGUACAAAAGAAAAAUACACCGACCCCCGAAGAGCAGAGACAGCGCGCCCAACGUGAGUUUGCAGAGAAGCAAAGACGCUAUGAGGAAGUUCGUCAACGACUUUUUGGCACGCCGGACUCUGGGUCUCCCAAUUCGUCUCCGGGUACUGUCACGCCGCCCAAGGUCUCACCAAGCCCGGACAGCGGAAGGGGUAAUAGUCGUGGCGGAAGAGGCGGUGGACGAGGCAGAGGCAGAGGUGGCCGCGGUGGAAGUCAUAGCGGCAGCAGACCAGCUUCUCCGGCACUUUCGGGGGCCCCACGUGGGGGAAGAGCCUCACGAGAAGGUUCCCAUGAUCGUGAAGGAAGUUCAAAUCGACAACUGUACGACCCGAUUAGCAGUCCCAAGCCGAGCUCUGUAUUCCUUCAGAAGCGGGAGAGUCGAGCAGGACCGGCUGGCAUGUCGUCCUCACCGGGACCUGGCGACCAGCAGCCUAUCCGUGCACCGCGAGGCCCGGAUGGAAGUGGGAGAGGUGGUUUCGGCUUUGCUCCAAGAGGUGGUAGAGGUGGAUGA